UGGAAGAUAUUCUGACAAGAAUGAAGAAGAAAGGGAUGGAAACGCAGAAGGAUGAACACCCAUCUGUCGAGAAGCCUGUGAAGAAGAGGAGCGAUGGCUCGAAGAAGCCCCAGGCCACAUUGCCUUCUAGUAAACGGGUGAAGUCUACCUCUGAUGGACGCCGCCUACGCCGCCCAAAAGCCCAGGUCACGUUACCUCCGGCUGUGGAAGAAACGGAGCCGCUCCAGAAGCUGUACAAUCUCCUGGAAGCCAAGGAGUUUAAGACACGGAUGGAAGGAGUGGCACUCCUCCUAGACCUGUGCAAAAGCCGCCCCCAGCUCGUCUCCACUAACACUGUCCAAAUUUUUGAUUAUUUUGUCCCGAGACUUGGUGAUACGCACAAGAAAGUGAAGCAGAAGGCGCUGGACGUGCUGGCUGAAAUCGUAGGCAUCCUGAAAGAUGGCUUAAACCCGGUGAUCAUCUGUCUGGUUGAAGGAAUAACAAACAACCUAAACUCAAAGGACCCCGGGGUUUAUGCCGCAGCUGUGAAAGCGCUGGAAGAAUCCAUGGCUCACUUAGGUAAGGCUGAGCCCUGGCAUGGACUCUCCUCAAGUGUGUCUCUGCCUCUGCGAGUCAAGAGAACGCUGAGUGCCUUGACAGCUGUUGUUGUCUGUGGAAACCUCCAGCUGACAUCCACCAGAAGCUGUGCAGGUGCAGUCCUUACGCACCAGUCCCCCAGCAGGCUUGAAUGUGCAUCAGCAUUUCCCAAAAGUCCCAGGAGCCCUUGGCUCUGUGCUGCUUGUCUGAAGAGGAAGUGCUGGACUACAGCUUUGCUGGAAUUCAGGGCCAAAGGGAUUUUUGGAGUUUGCCUGGGCCCCAGUUGACUUCCCAAAUGAAUAGCUUUGCUGUUGGCAUGAAGGGACAGCGGCGCAUCAGAACCUCUGCAGAGCAGCCUCCUGGAAGGCUCCACA